GCGGCGAGUCGUUAGGCCCUUCGCCCUCGCUCUAAAUAGAGGCUUUAUUUUGUAAACAGCGGGAGCGCUACUGUGCGCGAGAGUGGCGGCGAGGACCGCUGACGCCUGACGGCAGUGGCACGUUUGCGUUGGCCAGUAUGGGGUGUGCUCUAAUUUGCUCUCGGCGCUGGUGUUCGUCUGCUGUCCACUGCUCCAGCUGCGCUCAUCGGGCUCACCUCGCCCACUGCUGGAAGUGAUGAGGACACGGCGUCGCGGCGGACAUCGCCGCACCUACUGGAAUUGGAUCAUAUGGACACUUUGUAUGGUGUUAUGUGCAGCUGGCGAAAGCGUCGCUGCACCAGAUAGACUGAAGCUGGCGUGGCUCUCUAAUACCACACUCACGUGCAACGAUGGCACACCCGCCGGAUAUUAUAUUCGUAGAGGUUUAAACACACAACAUUGGGUGGUGUACUUGGAAGGCGGCGGAUAUUGUUGGGAUGCGUCGUCAUGCGGUGCACGCUGGCGUCGUCGGCCCGGCCUUAUGUCCUCUUCGAGAUGGUCGCGUUUCCGUCGAGCACCUGCUCUACUCUCCGCUGAUCCUGCUGCAAAUCCACUCUGGCACGACUCUAACCAUGUUCUUCUUCCUUAUUGCACCAGUGAUAUGUGGGCUGGUACACGGACUGCGAGACGUUUCAAUACGAGUUUUGCUUUCACGGGACGGCUAAUAGUUCGUUCUGUUUUAAUGGAACUUCUUCGCGACGGUCUCAGUGGAAGACUACUACUGGUAGGCUCGAGUGCCGGCGGUGCCGGUGUAAUGCUUCAUGCCGAUGCUGCAAGACGAAUGCUUCGCUCUCAUGGUGUACGAGUAGCAGCUGUUGCCGAUUCCGGAUGGUUUCUUGAUCGACCAGCUAGAGCGCGAAGGAGUUCUGCAAACACUGUAGCCAAGCUUGGUCACUCACUUUGGCAUGGUACGCCACCCUCCGCUUGCGUAAGGAAAUAUCCAGAUGAGCCAUGGUUAUGUUAUUUCGGUUACAGAUUGUAUCCGCAUAUUCGUACGCCAUUAUUUGUAUUUCAAUAUUUGUUUGACUCGGCGCAGCUAGCAGCGGAGGGAGUGCGCUCACCCCGGACCAGGGAACAGUGGGAUGCAGUACAUCAAACCGGAGCAGCAUUACGUUCGAGCCUCAAGCAUGUUCGGGCGACAUUCGCGCCUGCUUGUCUAGCCCAUGGAGCUCUAGCACGCCCGGAGUGGUUGGCAAUAAACGUGUCAGGAGUGUCGUUGCCACGCGCUAUUGGAUGCUGGGAGCAAAGACUCGGGAGUGGAAGGAGGCACGCGCGCGCUGACUGCGCGCCGAGGCGUCUCAUUGAGCGAUGCUCGUGGCCGCAGUGCAACGGUUCUUGUCCUCGCCUACGGGAUCCACGGACAGGCGAAGAGGUGGCACUGGCUUCUUUACUACAAAGCUUCGGGCUAGAUGUCAGCGGCGCGGCGGCAGCCAUGGGUCUUGAUGCCCGAGCACUUUCUCGAAUGAGUAGGGCAGAACUUUUGCCAUUAUUGGCACCACAUACGUGACAUAAAGUAUUAGAAAUUGUUUGUGCCUUAGGGCACGGUGAAUCUACCUCGUUUUUUGUUGCGCAAGUACAAUAUUAAUGUUUAGAUAUUAUUUAUUAUUUAUAGA